AUGCUGCGUCCCUCUCACACCCAGCGGGAUGGAAAGGAACGGAAAACGUUUAGGGCUAACAUUUUAUAUGUUAGCCGGCAUUGCCAACAAAAAGAUCUGGAUUAUGGAGCGUGGUCGCGCCCACGUGGCGCUAUGGCCAUCAAACAGGGCUACGAGGCCAAGAUGAGCACAGGAGAUGGUACAGUCCAUCAGAAGACGGAUGACAGGCUCGGUCAUCACCAGUCAAUGAGUCAGAUGCUGUAUGGAGCCGGGCUUGGACCAGGUCGGUCGGGAUCCUCCUCCUCAUCACCGGUUGGUGGUACCAAUACCGGGAGUGGGUUGCUGGUUGUACCACAACCACUCGGCAAAGGUCCCACCAAGUUGCAACCUCUUCAUUCACACGCCAGGAAAUAUCACUGCAAGAUGUGCCCUCAGAUAAGGUUAAAAUUUGUUUGA